GUUUAUUUCAGGGUUUUCUUCAGUUCCUCUCAGGCUUCACACUGGCGGACAUGUAGACAUGAAAAUGGAACUGCGUUUACAGACAGACUGAAGAUUACAGACAUUUCUCAUCAACACACUCGGAUAUGUAAGAUCUGUCCAUGUAGUCUGUUUAUCAGGGAGAUUUCUCCUCUGGUUUGAGGCUUAAACGAUGUAUUCAUGUCUAAUCCUGUUCAUUCUGAUCCUGUUUUCUUCUUUUGGUGUUGGCUGGCUUGACAACAUCUGCAGCAUUGUGCCAAAAGAUCCAUACAUUGCCGUGGGAUCCAACGCUACCAUAGUGUGCCGGAGUUCUUGUGUCCCUGGGGAAGUCUUCUGGACACUGAAUGAUAAACUUGUUGAUGGGAGCUUGUCACAGCGGAUUGAAAACUCCUCAGAUACAGUCCUACAACUCAGGAACUUUAAUUACGAAAGAGCUACACUGCUAUGCCAUAGUGUCAAUAAUCAGCAAGUCCUCAGAGGGACUACCAUCAGAACAUUCACAAGACCCCGCAAAUUAUCGUGCAUCUUGCAUUCAGAAAACUAUCGGACAUUGCAAGGUUUACCAGACAAAUUUACCUGCAGCUGGGAACAUCAUAGUAAUUCUUCACUGAAAAUAAACUACACUGUACUUCUGAUCUCACCUGACAGUGAACAGAAAAAACUUUGUGAAUCACAUGCAACAAACUGCACAACCAAGUAUGUAAAUGGUGUCGAUAAAAACAUAUCCCUUUUAGAGAGCAGCACUGUCAUUGUACGUGCUGAAACUACUGCUUGGCAAGCGGAGUCUGACCCCUAUAAUUUUGAUCCUCUACACAUAUUGAAAAUUAUUCCACGGAAGGUGCAUGUGACUGCUUUCUCUGAUCAUCUGUUAGUUAAGUGGAACCAGUUAGAAAGAGGAGAAUUGGGUCCAUGUCAAGUCAAAUACAGAAAGGCUUUUGGUGAAGAGACUCCAGAGGUGGUGGACAUUGAGGCUUUAAAUAUAACCAUUAAAAAUGUUGAAUCCUGCACGGACUACCACGUUUCUGUCCGAUGUGCCUUAAAACAUGCCCCAUGGAGCAACUGGAGCCAGGAGAAGACAGUACGGACAAAACUAAGAAAAAGGGACGUCAACCUGCACUUGUGGAGGACAGUAUCUGAACCAGAAAACAGUGGAGUCCGAAACGUUCAUGUCAUGUGGAAGGCGAAUCUGUCAAGAUGUGAAGGCACAUUUAAUUACACUGUCAAACUGAUGCCGCCCAGUGAGGCCAUGUAUGGAGUAAAUUAUGCAAGUACUUUAUGUGAAAAUUCAUCUUGUGAUAUUACUGUGGAUCAACAUGCGCACAGAAUAAUCCUCACAAUUUUCCAUGAUGACGCCGUGCUGGCACAAGGCUCGUUUUAUGUUCCAGCUAUUGCAGAGAGCUUUCCUCAAGUUACCGACAUUCAGACCUUUAAUCUUAAUCGCAGUUUUCUGGUCAUGUGGAGGUCUGUUCCAGAUGUUACUGGCUACAUGAUUCACUGGACCCAUGAUGGGAAUGAUUACCACUGGAAGGAGAGCAAAUUCUCCAACGCAACACUAUUUGACCUCCUGGAUAAGACGCCGUACAAUAUGACGGUAACUCCACUCUUUGCAGAUAAGAUCGGUCAUGGCACACAAGUUUCUCAGAUCUGCUCCAGAGUAGGAGAUCCAGGGAAUGUUACUAUCACUACUGUUCAGACCUAUGACAGAAGUGCCCAGGUGAGCUGGAAUAUAAAGUCACAGGAGGUGUGCAGUGGGGUUGUUGUCAAUUACACAAUCUUCUACGGGACGCAGCUUGUACCAGAGUUUAAUGUAACUGUAGACAGCGCAAGGGAGAGCAUUGUUUUGAAAAAUCUAGAUCCAAACACUCAGUACAGAGUGCAAGUCAAAGCUACGGGUCCCACCGGAACUACCACAAGCAACGAACGGCUCUUUGAAACCAAAAGAUUUGAUCCCGGGCUGAUCAUAGUCCUCAGUAUAUCUGGAAGUAUCAUUAUCAUCCUCAUAUUAUCUCUUGGUUUAUGCUGUGGAAUUCAGUGGAAGAAAUUCAACGAGAAGCCAGUGCCCAACCCUGGCCUCAGUUCUGUUGCACUGUGGCCAUCUACAGGCACCCAAAAAGGAACGUGUGCCCUUUAUCCAUUCAGUAACCCAUCUGAAAGCAUCUGUGAAAGAGUUUACACUGAGGAACCUCUGGAAACUCCCACUCCUCCCCCUCCAGCUACCACCGAAUGUAAUCCAAACGUUAAUCCAGUUAGUAACCAGACAGAGGAUAUCACUGAUCCAGGCUCAGUUGCUGCCUCAGACCCACAGUGCGAAACACAAGCUGACACCGCAGAGACCCCACAGCCAUCCUCUCCUGGGGAAAACACAGCCCUGUUACCUGUAGAGGGCAGUCCUUUCAACCCAUAUCGGAGCCAGAACGCAGUAGAAAUUUCUGCCACUAAGACCAGUAGGCAACGUCUGCUUCCGAUGAAGCCGCAAACGGUUUAUGUAACUCUGGACAUGUUUGAACAACGCAGAUGAGUCAAGUGGAAACCUGCUGCACGUGAAAAUGUUAAGUCAAUCCAUUCAACUAUGACUGAAGCAGCAGUGUUUUCAUUUUCAACUUAACUCAUACUUUCUGAAGUUAACUCAUACAGGAUAACGCUGCAUACUGUAUUUGAAGACUUCUAUGAAACUAGAGCAUUUUCCUGAUUCGGACUGUAUUAAGCAUAGCCAGUAAUUACUGUAAAUCAGAAGUAAAGAUUUGUGAUGGUAUGUGUACAGUAUAUAAGUCAAGGACCACCACAUGAUAUUGGGUAAUUAAAGUCCUGUGACAAAACAAGUAAAUAUACAUUUUGUAUUAUAAAGCUAGGAUUUGCCAUCUGCUGCUUGCUGACUAUUACCGAAAUAUGAGCUAUUAUAACCAUCAUCGUAUUAGCUAUCUUAUGUAUUGAAACACGGUUCUCAUUUUGUAUGUUCUCUGUUACAUUUAAGAUAUGGAUUUGUUAAAAUAAUAAACUGCUUAACAAUG